CUAGCGGCGCCCGGCGCCGGCCCCGCGGCCGAGCUGCCCUUCUUCCGCGCGCUGCUGGAGCGGGCGCGCUGCUACCGCAGCUGCCAGACCCAGCGCCUCGGGGGCCCCGCGUCCCGCCACCGCGUCAGCGAGGAUGUGCGCAGCGACUUCCAGCGCAGAGUGCCCUACAACUACCUGCAGCGGGCCUACAUCAAGCUUAACCAGCUGGAAAAGGCAGUGGAAGCAGCCCACACGUUUUUCAUGGCCAACCCUGAGCACAUGGAAAUGCAGCAGAACAUUGAGAAUUAUAGAACAAUGGCCGGUGUUGAAGUACUCCAGUUGGUAGACCGAGAAGCCAAACCACAUCUGGAGAGUUACAGUGCAGGAGUUAAACAUUAUGAGGCUGAUGACUUUGAGCUAGCUAUCAAGUACUUUGAACAAGCUUUAAGAGAAUAUUUCAGUGAAGAUACGGAGUGCAGAGCCCUGUGUGAGGGGCCUCAGAGAUUCGAAGAGUAUGAGUACUUAGGGUACAAAGCUGGCCUCUAUGAAGCCAUUGCAGAUCACUAUAUGCAGGUGCUGGUUUGUCAGCAUGAAUGCGUCAGGGAGCUUGCCACCCGCCCUGGCCGCCUCUCACCAAUUGAGAACUUUCUUCCCCUGCAUUAUGACUACCUACAGUUUGCCUACUAUCGAGUUGGCGAAUACGUGAAAGCCUUGGAGUGUGCUAAAGCUUAUCUUCUCCUCCAUCCGGAUGAUGAGGAUGUACUAGACAAUGUGGAUUACUAUGAGAGCCUGCUAGAUGACAGCAGUGACCCAGCAUCCAUUGAGGCCAGAGAGGAUUUGGCAAUGUUCGUGAAGCGUCAUAAACUGGAAUCGGAACUAAUAAAAUCAGCUGCAGAGGGUCUGGGAUUUUCAUACACAGAGCCAAAUUAUUGGAUCCGAUAUGGAGGACGACAGGAUGAGAAUCGGGUCCCUUCAGGAGUGAACGUGGAGGGGGCAGAAGUUCAUGGAUUGUCAAUGGGGAAAAAAUCAUCACCCAAGAUAGAUCGAGACUUAAGAGAGGGUGGUCCUCUGCUCUACGAGAACAUCACGUUUGUCUAUAACUCAGAGCAGCUGAACGGGACCCAGCGGGUUCUCCUGGAUAACGUCCUGUCGGAAGAACAGUGCCGGGAGCUCCACAGCGUGGCCAGUGGAAUCAUGCUCGUUGGUGAUGGAUACAGAGGGAAAACUUCACCCCAUACACCCAAUGAAAAGUUUGAAGGUGCCACUGUCCUGAAAGCACUCAAGUUUGGUUAUGAAGGCCGAGUCCCACUGAAGAGUGCCCGUCUGUUUUAUGACAUCAGCGAGAAGGCUCGAAAGAUUGUAGAAUCCUAUUUCAUGCUGAACUCAACCCUGUAUUUUUCCUAUACACACAUGGUCUGCCGAACAGCCCUGUCUGGUCAGCAGGAGAGAAGAACUGACCUCAGUCAUCCCAUCCAUGCUGACAAUUGCCUGUUGGAUCCUGAGGCCAAUGAAUGCUGGAAGGAGCCUCCCGCCUACACAUUCCGGGACUACAGCGCUCUCCUAUAUAUGAAUGAUGACUUUGAAGGAGGAGAAUUCAUAUUCACUGAGAUGGAUGCCAAGACUGUGACUGCCUCUAUCAAACCAAAGUGUGGGCGCAUGAUCAGUUUCUCUUCCGGAGGAGAGAAUCCGCAUGGAGUGAAGGCAGUCACGAAGGGCCAGAGGUGCGCUGUGGCUCUGUGGUUUACCUUGGAUCCACUUUAUAGAGAAUUGGAGCGAAUACAGGCCGAUGAAGUGAUCGCAAUUCUGGAUCAAGAACAACAAGGGAAGCAUGAACUGAAUAUCAACCCCAAAGAUGAGCUAUAA